AUGAGUCCUGUCAAGAUGGACAAUGCAUCAGUGUUUGCCCUACUGAUAAAAGACAAUGCGGCAGUAAUUGCUCCUGUCAAGACGGACAAUGCAUCAGUGUUUGCCCUACUGAUAAAACACAAUGCGGCAGUAAUUGCGUGA